AUACAUGAGAAAUGCAGAAGAGGCUCUCUGUGACGAAAGUGCGAGGACGAAUCACGAGGUGCGUUCGCGCUGUGUGUGUUUGAACAUUGGCGCGAUCUGACUUCACGUCCUCUGUGAAAUACUCGAAUCCAACCAAUAAAUAAGUCCAAGAGACAGAAAUGAAUCACUGUGAGCUUGAAGAAGUGACCAACCACAUCGACAAAAAGAUUUCCAUGAUUAAACGACUCCUGGAGCUCCGAGCUGUUGCAAAAGAUCCAGACAAACGGGGGACUCUUCUCAAAAUCGAGCAAGAAGUCUCUGCUAUCAAUGAGCUUCUGGAUCGCUUUGAGAGAUAUGUGGGCGAGCAGAGAGGCUUGCUGAAGCAUUUGAAGGAUCUAGAAGGUUUUUUCCAGGAGGACGAACAGGAUGCCCUUCACCUCAAGAGCAACAUCCCUCCACACAUGCCCAAAAGAGGCCAGCAAGCAUCUCUGCAAGGAGGAGGACAGGUGGCAGUUCAGAGCAGGCAGACAGAUGCACCACCCGCCCCUCAGGAACAGGGUCCACCCAGGAAACCUCAGCGCAACCAGAUCAAAGAGAUGGAGUUCAUUACCAUCCCAGAGUUUGACAGCAUACCACCGUACAUGAAAGGCCGUGUGACGUACGAUCAGCUGAACGCAGCGGUGCAAAGCAUAAACACAGCUGUGUCGUCAAAAUAUAAGAUCCUCCAUCAGCCAGUCAAAACCCUGAACAAUGUGUCCCGCAUGCUCCACCAGCGCUUUAAAGACCAAGAAACAAAGGACACCAAGGGUCAGUUUUUCAUCGUGGAGCAAGAUAUCAGAGAGUUUGCCCAGCUGAAAGUGGACAAACGGUUUGUGGGCAUGUUGAACAUGCUGCGGCACUGCCAACGUCUGAAGGAAGUCCGAGGCGGCGGUCUCACACGCUUCAUCCUGCUCUAAGACUCAUAGACGCCCACUUCUCCAUCACAUUGCUGAAAGAUACUAAAAGAUAUUUUUGUUUGAGAGCCGUUUGCCGGGGAAUGAUCUUCAGUGUCGAUUUGAUUAAAAAUAGAAAUGAUGUCUAAUCAUCUUGAUUUGCAUCUGCUCAAUCUGAGGCCUAAAACCUGGCAGAGGACUGGAUUUAUGGCUAAACAUAAAUUACAGUCAAACAUCAAAUGCUGAAAGCUUUGUGUGAUUGAAAGAUGUUGCUAAUAAAUUAUAUAAUGAUUUCAGAACUGACAUUUUGUGUCAACUUUGUGUAAUUUAUUCUAGAACAAAAACUCAAUAUUUUUCUUCAAUUAAUGUCAGCAAAAGAUUUAAUUUGCUCAUAAAUCCAGAAGUGUUGUUCUAAGAACCCAUUAGAAAUUCCCACGGGCAUCCCAUGGUGGAUUAUCAUUCCGGGUCGGACUACACAUUGACAUUGUGAAUUAACAGUUGGGUCGCUUUAUCUGAUGAUGUAAUUAUAAUUUGAUUGCUGUAUUGUUUAUAUUGGUGAGAAAGUGGUAAAGUAUUGGAGCUUAAAUAAAAUUGCAGUUUUUGUAACCUCA